GUCGAGACAGCCUGAACUAUGGAGACAGUGUCCAGUUCAUGCGAACGAUUUAUUGCUUAUUCGACAGGAAACACAGCACAAUACUUAAAACACGGAACCUUAGGGCAAUGCCGUAAAACGUGAAUAAACACGAUGAAACGGGCGUUCGAUUCUUGGCCUUGCUAUCGAUACGCUAUCAUUCUGAUUACUUGGUUCGCACUGGGCACUCACGGUUCCACCUUCGGUACCGAUAAACAAUCGGGACCGGUUGAACAGCGCCAGUGCCUGAAACCGGUACCGAUUCAAAUACCAGAGUGCCGAAACACGUUUUACAAUUUUACCGGAAUGCCCAAUCUGGUGGAUCAGGACUCGCAACUUGAUGCUCGACAACAGUUGCAAACCUUCAAACCCCUCAUUGUCUAUCAAUGCUCCAAAAAGCUCAGUUUCUUCCUGUGUUCCGUUUACACACCAAUGUGCGAUGUGAUCACCCGACAUCUGAUAGGCCCAUGCCGCCCACUUUGUGAACACGUGAAAGCUCGUUGUGCUCCGGUAUUGCGUGUAUUCGAUUUUGACUGGCCUACCCAUCUUAACUGUUCUCGGUUCCCGGUAAAAAAUGUUAUCGGCGGCACUAUGUGUAUGGAAGGUCCUUACGACCCGGAAGAACGCACCAUGACACCAGAUGAAAAGGAGUCAGACUUGGAUCCAAACGCACCGUUCACAUCGUCUGUGUCCACGAGUCCAAGUGUACACCACUCAAUGUCACAUCUGAACUCACACAGUAAAGUCGGCACCGUUGACUCCACCUUGAUACCCGAGGAGCGCAUUCUUGGAAAUUGGAUUCAACAAGUUACCCAGAUUCAUAAUGAUGACCCUUCUAAUUCAGACUUAGCACACCUGCCGCCUUCAUCGAUAUCCGUGAUUGCCAAAUCAUUACGCCAUUGUUCGCACCUAAGGAAACCAACGUCCUAUGUAUACAUUAACCGAACCGGAAGAUGUGCUCCUUUGUGUUGGGCAGAUAUUUUGUACAAACGAGAUGCAAAGUUACUAUCUAUCGUGUGGACAAGUGUUGUCACUGUGUCAUGCUGCUUCACCACAUGCUUGGCACUUAUUGGUUACGCAAUUGACUCCGACGUUUUUCAACUGGCCGAGAGACCAGUGUUCUACAUUGCCCUGUGUCAUCUAAUCCAUUCGAUAGCGUUUGCGAUUAGCUUAGCCGUCGGUAGAGAAUCAGCAACAUGUGGUAAAGAUCUGGACUCGGGAUUACUUAUCCGCUUGCAAGAAGGGUUGGACAACUCCAUUUGUGCGCUGAUUUUUAUGACGCAGUUUUUCUUUUCCUUAGCCAGCUCCGUUUGGUGGGUGCUACUGUCUCUUCACUGGGUGGCAUCACAAAGACCCUCAAGAUGCAGUCAGUACCGGACCUACUUGGAAUCUUUGAAUUUGCCUAAUAGUUAUCGUGAGUCUACUUUAGUCCGUGCCGAAUGUCCUCGACGUAUGGGUGCACAAUGCGACUUCAGUACAAACCAGAGUAGCCCCGAGAACAGUGUUAAAAAAAUGACAGAUGAAUUUUUGGGUCAUAAGUGUGUUAAAAAUGAUCGAUCCGAAAAACUGAAUGGAUCUGCCAUCUACAUGCAUUCAGACACUACCAUCCCACCGGUUUCUGCACCAACUGUCCCGGCUCGCAGUAUAUCCCAUCCCUCCGAAGUAACACCGUACUUUGUGCACAAUGGUAGAGUGGUGCCGUCUUACCGAUACCUUUAUCUGAGGGGAAAUUCUAGACACUACACUACUGCGACUGACCGGCUGUCUGCGUGGCUAGCUCGGGAGCACAUUGUUGUCUGGCUUACAGCUAGUCUCUUCACCGUCGGAGUCCUCGUUAGUCGACAGGUUGAUGCAGACGAACUGGUUCCGGUCUGUGGUGUGGGUCGACAAAACGCCAGAGCCAUGGGUGCGUUUGUGAUCGGUCCACAAGUGACAUUGAUCGUUAUCGGCACAUUGGCUCUUCUGGGAGGCAUGGUGAUGACAGUCAAAGAGUCAGCCCGAAGAAGAAGGAAUGCCCAAGACACUGAUGCGUGUACGAGGUCUGGCGAACUACAAACUUCCGACGUCAGUCGGUUAUUACGAAAUAGUCCGGUCUCGACUGCAGUGGAGCAGAACCAGCAAACGCCAGCUAAGUGUGUCGGAAGAAGCCAUUCAGAGGACAAUUCGCAACGCUUUGCUCACAGAUUUGUAAUGGAUACUGUAAUGUGGCAAUCUACUGAUGGAAUGGCUCAUCGACUCGGGUUGUUUUGUUUCUUGUACCUUAUUCCGGCGCUAUGCGUCAUUUCAUGCGACAUAUACGAGUACUUGCACCGUGACAAAUGGCUAAGAGACACCAGUCAUAGUCCAUCAUUAAGCGACCAGGGCAGUAAUAUACCGUUCCCACCAAAAAUCUGGAAGUCUGAUGAAACGGUCGGACCUACUCCAGAAAUAUUCAUGCUUCGUGUCUUCAUGUCCUUGGUCCCAGGAUUUACAUGCAACUUGUGGAUUUGGUCAAGUAGAAGAUGCAGGCCUUUGCAGCGUUUGCAGCAUACCAUCAAAUCAUUAUUAUUGUCCUGCAAGAACUUUUGUCUUGCCUUCAAAAGCGGAAAAUUCACUGUCAAGUCAAAAACCAACAUCAGAGAUCUAACCUUUCAGUUUCCACCAGCUGAACCACAUACACCGACAACGUCGAGUGCAAUUAUACCAAGACCUCCAUUUGCAUUGUCCUCCUACCCGUAUGCUGUGUAUCAGUAUCAUGCGAGUCUAUCUUCACGCGAUCCGUUGGAUAGAGCCCCUCAGUCUGCAUGGUCCACUGCACUUGACCCUUGUGUUGUUCAAACCGCGGCGACCACUAACACUCUUGAAAUGCAACACUCAAAUGCUACCACACCUGGGUAUUACAGUCAAGCCAAAGUUGGAUCUAUCAUUGAGCCUAACCAAUCUGACAGUUUUAGUGAGGAAUCGCCUAUACCUCCACCUCUCCCAGCUUCUUCCAGACCGCAGCGUUUGCCUUUAAGGGCAGAAAAGUGAACUAGCAGUGCUGACACAACAUCAAAUCUGCUACCUGUAUGCGCUCAAAUUGUUCUAAUGCUGCGAUUUACACAAACAACUGUAUUUCGCAACCUAUGUACAUAAAUUUCCCUCUCUUUGGCAUUUCAGCAAUCUAGUCGUGCUCAACAGACUGAAGGAAGCAUUCGUUCACGUAACAACUCACUCACCAUUGGCUAACACUUCGGCAUCUUUCCUUCGGGCGCACAGGGUCACACUAUCUCGAAUUACCUGCAAUGAAUUACUCAUUCUCUUUGCUCACUUAGUUACUUACAUUUCACUUUCAGCCAUUUUGCUUUCUGCCCUUUUAUUUUUUUGAAAAGUCAGUUUUUGACCCCCAACAGUUUAUCAUUCAUGACAGUACUUACUGAUAAUCUUUGUCAUACAACUUAUGUACAUGCAUAAAGGAUCCCUGUAUAUCAAAUUCGAUUUCCUCCCUAUAGCCCUAGGCUGGCGAAUAAAACUAAAGUCCCAUUC